AUGUCUUUGAAAACAUACAGCCAAACUUUAUUUAUGGUGCUAUCUUUUGCGUUCUUUGCGCAUGCUACAUAUAAAUACUUGGUAAAGAAGAAAAAAGAAGAGACCGAAAAAGAAGACAUUAAUGAGGUUAUUAUGUUUUCGUAUGGCGCAGAGGAACUUAGGACGAGCCCACACUCUCGUUGCAAGAUAUCUAAAAGUAUGGACAGAAUAUUGCAUUACUUGAGUAAACCUAAAUAUAGCCUGGAUAUUUGCAUGUACGUUUGGUCAAAUCAAGAUAUAACUAAUAUAAUAAUGAAGUUGCACUUUCGAGGUGUAAAGAUACGUGUGAUUGUUGACGCUGACAUGGCGUUUGCGCCUGGAUCCAAUAUAAGGAAGUUGGAAAAGAAAAACAUACCAGUGCGAUGGAUGAAAUCAACCAAUUUGAUGCACCACAAGUUCUGUGUCAUAGACACACUGAGUGAAGAUCCAAAUACAACUCCGUUUGUCAUGUCAGGCUCACUAAACUGGACUAACCAAGCAUUGUGGGGGAACUAUGAAGACUGCUUAGUGACUUCACAAAAAAAAUUAGUAGAACAAUUUCAAAUGGAGUUUGAAAGACUAUGGAUUCUGUUUAAACCUAUAGUUGACUAA